AUGCCUCCAAAGGUUGAGACAACAGACGCUCCUCGAUAUGGUACUUUCUAAGUAGUUUUCUUGAAAUCUGUUGGUGGUGAAGUCGGAGCUGCAGCUUCUCUCGCUCCCAAAGUAGGCCCAUUAGGUUUAUCUCCUAAAAAGAUCGGAGAUGAUAUCAAAGCAGCUACAGAAGCUUGGAAAGGCAUCAAAGUUAUGGUCAAGCUUACCAUCAUCAACAGGCAAGCAACUGUCGAAGUCGUUCCUUCAGCCUCUGCACUUGUCAUUAAAGAACUAGCUGAGCCUCCACGUGAUAGAAAAAAGACUAAAAAUAUUAAACACAAUGGCAAUCUGAGCUGGGACCAAAUCAGGAAUAUUGCAAAAAUCAUGAGACCUCGAUCUGGUGCUAAAACAUUUGAAGGGACCUUAAAAGAAAUCGUUGGAACCUGUGUUUCAGUUGGCUGCACCAUUGAAAAGAAGACCCCUAAAGAAGUCAUAGCUAUGAUUGAAGGAGGAGAGUUGAAUAUAAGCGAGCCUUAA